AUGUUGUUGGUAAAGAUGAAUAUGAAAGAUUAAUGCAAAUAACUGAAUUGUCUAAAAACUCAACUUCUAAAGCAUUAAGUAGUUCCUCUUCUAAAUUUAAAAAAGUUAAUUCACAAAGUAUAGUUCAACAAUCAAUGUAG